GUUCUAUUUCUUUGCCGCUCCGUCAUUCACCUGCUUCCUCUACGCUCUCUACACCUGUCAGGAAUCACUGCACUUUGUAUCAAGAAUUUCCGAGUUUCCUUCUCUCAAAAAGAAACAAUGCAAUCAUCAUUUAAGAGCUUGGUGUUACUGCUGCUCAGUUCCCUGUUAUGGAAUAAUAACCAUGCCCAAACCACUGCUCCUGCCACCACCACCACCACCACCACCACCACAGAGGCUGGAAGCUCACCAGCAGAAACCACACCUACAACUAGAACAAUUAUAGAUUAUUCUACUACUGGAGCAGUCACCACUAACAGGACGGAAAUAAUGACCACUCUCUCGCCGACUAGUAAUGACCAGUCCAAUUCACAUUCAACAGUUUCUAUAGCCACCUCUGCAAAUGUUUCUAACAUCACAAGUCUCACAACAGACAACAGUACUACAGCAAGUAGCUCCGCUGUGACAACUAUUACAAGUUUGGCAACAGAUUCCACAACCACUGCCAAUAUCUCCACUGCGACUGCCACUGUGAGUUUUUCAACAGACAACUCCACUUCUACUGAUGGCUCCGUUGCAACUACCACUGCAAUUUUACCAAAUGACAAUAGAACUUCUGCAAAUGGUUCCUCUCUAGCUACCACUGCAAGCUUAGCAACAGGCACUACAACGUCUGCAAAUCUCUCCAUUAUAACUACCACAGCCAAUGUGCCACAUGAAAAUAUUACUACUACAAACAUCUCCAGUACAGAUAACACAACGCAAACAACCUAUACAGCUAUUACUUCAACCGAGAAUACUACCAUUACAACACAAGCUCCGACUAUAAACACUGUCUCAUCAUCGGCCACCGAUAGUGCAACACAGUUUACUACCGGAGGUGCAUCAACAACAAACAGCAGUGGCUCAGGAGUAGCAGGAAAUGACAAAGAUGUAGGAAGCAGUACUGGAGUUGUAUUAGGUGCAAUCAUUGGCUCAAUCCUAGGAAUUGCGUUGGUGUGCCUGGUGGCUUAUUUCCUAUGCGGAUCCAAGAAAUCCGGACCCUUUUCCCAUCGUCGCCUAUACGAGGACAUUAGGAAUGACCCAGUGUUGCGAUUGGAUAAUCCUGUAAGUCCCUAUGAUGUCAGUUACGGGGAGUCCUCAUAUUACAACCCCACAGUCCUAGAAGAAACUCCAUACAAUGGUAACAGAACACCUGAAGCAAUUGCUAUGGAUGACAUCCGCAUCAGGCCACAUUAAUGCAUGCCAUAACCUGCGUGGGAAGGACAUUAUCUCUUUAUUUCUUUUGUUUAUGAACACCUUGGCAUGUUUUUUUGGAACGUGACAGGGAACAGCAAAGUUUGAUUCCAGAUAUGCGAAUCAUUUCCUGGAAUGAAUGCAGAACACAAGUGACUUUCAUUUACCAAAACAAAAAAAUUGGCUUCAUUUACUCCUCGACCAAACUGGUUAUUUGUAUGGACUCUUUCAUACAAGUUCCUAACUCUAAAAAGCAAACUGGAAAAUAAAUUAUGUUGGAGACAUGAAGCUGUCAAGAUAGAUUGGCAGUUUGGUCAACUUCUAUUGCUUUAAUUGAAUACGGAAAACCAUAUGCACUGCGGUCAUAUCUAGGAUGCUGUUUCAGCCGAAUAUACUACAGUACAUGUGCGAUUAGUUAGACAUUAUCUCUUUCCAAGUGUCUAAAAAUUAACAAAAACAGUUGUCAUAUCACACAUCUGUGGUAAGCCCACCUAGUUCUGAGGAGAGGGUGACAACAUUGCAGGAUACGGUAGAGAAUGGGGUCAUAGUGUGAUGGUUAGCAUUACUACCUCACAGCACUGAGGCUAUGGCUUAGAUUCUCACCAUGGCCCUAACUGUGUGGAGUUUGCAUAUUCUCGCCGUGUUUGCUUGGGUUUCCUCCCACAAUCCAAAAAUAUAUUGGUAGAUGGGCCAAGUGGUUCUUAUCUGCCAUCAAAUUCUAUGUUUCAUGAGCUUUAUGAAAAGACAGGCAGGAUUUGGGCAUGUCAUUAUUAUCAAUAUUUAUUACAUGAAUUGAAUAAAGAAUUGAAAGACUUUUUAAAACGGGA